CCCCGGUGAAGGCAAGGCGCCAUAGUCACGGUAGUCCUGGCGACAAGAACCAAGCAACGGGAGUCAACAACAACAACCUAAAUCAAAGGAAAAAAAACUUUAACGACAAAAAAGGACAUUCCCGGGAUAUAUAAGAGAGCAAGUGCCUCAAAGCAUUGGUUGCCAUGGCAACUUCUGGAUACUCAGAGGACCUUCAGCCUCAGCAGGCUAACACAGUAACCAUAGCAACACCUGCUGCCACCACACCCUCAUCUGCAAAGAGCACACACUUCCUGUCCGAGAUCCCACCGACCUCUCGAACCAUUGCAUCAGCCAACCAAUCAGCCACUGUCUCAAAAACAGGACAGGAUGCACUUUGUUCGCAAGCUCCACCCACUCAGGCGCAGAGCCAGAAGGCAGUGGUUCUAACCACUCCCACGCAGCACUAUGUAACCCCUGAAAUCCAGCACUCUGCAGUUCAGAAGAGCAAUGGUCAGAGCAGCUCUCCUCAGUACAUCAUAGUGACGGUUACAGAGGGCUCUGUUCACUCCAAUGACAGUCUGUCAGACUCCAGCCCGCCCGCCCCGGGUGUUCCCACUCAGGUGGUCCAGCCAGUGCAGACCACCCCACAGCAGAGGUCAGUGUUGCAAGCGGUGUCACAGGCAGCAAAGAGAAUUCAGACAGGCAACAUUAACAACCUACAGUCUGUGCACAUUAACCAGGAGGUGGAACAUGUGUACUCGGGUCAGGUGCAGUAUGUAGAUGGAGCAGGAGAGGCAACUUUCACCACAUCCAACAUUCGUUCAAGCAGUUAUCCUUUCUCUGAUUCGCCUCUCUACUCCCAAACUGCUCCAACAUCCUCCUCCAACUACUACGAGGCCACGUCUAGCUCUGAGUCAGACAUCACUGGAUCUGUGACCUCGCAGCCAGUUUCUGUGGCAACGGCAGGGGCUAAUAGUGGAGGAGCGGCUGCAGGUGGAGCAGGCUAUGUCAUUCAGGGAAGUUAUGUGGUAGGAGGUGGAGGGGGAGGAGUAGCAGCGGCAGCAACAGCAGCAGGUGGAGGUGGACAGAGUUAUUCCAGCUCUAACUCUCGUGCCCCUCCUGCUACUGUUCAGUGGCUGUGUGAGAACUAUGAAGGGGCUGAAGGGGUGAGUUUGCCCCGCUGCACCCUCUACUACCACUACCUACUGCACUGCCAGGAGCAGAAACUAGAACCUGUCAAUGCUGCAUCCUUCGGCAAACUCAUCAGGUCUGUCUUCAUGGGGCUACGAACUCGAAGAUUAGGCACAAGAGGGAACUCUAAGUACCACUACUAUGGUCUGAGGAUCAAAUCCGGUUCCCCUUUGCUCAGGCUCAUGGAUGAGCAGCAGCACAUGGCAAUGAGGCAACAACCUUUUUCACAGAAAAGCAGGAUAAAGCCAGUUCAGAAGACACAGGGGAUCACCAAUGGGACAUCAGGUGGGACUGGGCAGCAGCAGGCGGCAGCACUCUGUGAUAUUUCUGCUCAGGUGCAACAGUAUCAGCAGUUUCUGGAGGCAUCCCGGCCACUGCCAGACUUUGUAGACAUUGAUCCACAAGAUCAACCUCUGCCAUAUGGGAUCCUUUUAGAACAUGUCAAGGCCUUCCAGACUCUCUACAGAGAACACUGUGAAGCCAUUAUGGAUGUGAUGGUCAACCUUCAGUUCACUCUAGUGGAGACACUGUGGAAAUCAUUCUGGAGGUUCAGCCAGAGCAAUGAUACAGAAUCACUCAAUCUGCACAAUGAGUCAGAGAAGCGUCUGCCCAAAUCAUGCCUGGUGGUUCUCUGCAAGUUUGAGCCAGUGCUUCGCUGGACAAGAGAAUGUGACAACCUCCUGUACCAGACUCUGGUGGAGAUCCUCAUCCCCGAUGUCCUUAGACCCAUCCCCAGUGCCUUAACUCAGGCCAUCCGCAACUUUGCCAAGAGUCUAGAAAACUGGUUGACCGGUGCCCUGAUGAAUAUCCCAGAGGAGAUGGUCCGUAUUAAGGUGGUGUGUGUGGGGUCUUUCUCACAGACACUGCGUCGCUACACCAGCCUGAACCACUUGGCCCAAGCAGCACGUGCCGUCCUCCAGAACUCAGCCCAGAUCAACCAGAUGCUCUCUGACCUCAACCGGGUUGAUUUCACCAAUGUUCAGGAGCAGGCAUCCUGGGUGUGUCAGUGUGAAGACCGUGUAGUCCAACAGCUGGAGCAGGACUUCAAACUGACCCUGCAGCAGCAAAACUCCUUGGAGCAGUGGGCUCACUGGUUGGACAGUGUUGUCUCUCAGGUCCUAAAGCCCUACGAGCACAACCCCAUCACCCUGCCAAAGGCUGCCAAGGUCUUCCUGCUUAACUGGUCGUUUUACAGUUCUAUGGUAAUCAGAGACCUGACUCUGCGCAGUGCUGCCAGCUUUGGCUCCUUUCACCUGAUCCGUCUGCUGUACGAUGAGUACAUGUACUACCUGAUAGAGCACAGGGUCGCCCAGGCUAAAGGAGAGACGCCUAUCGCCGUCAUGGGAGAAUUUGCCAGCACAGUAAAGAGCCGAAUCUCUCCAGACAUUGAGAAAGAAGAGGAGGAGGAUGAUGAGGAAGAGGACAGUGAGGAUGAAAGCGCGGAGAUCGUGCUUCAGUCCAACUCUCUGAAUGCCAUCGAGGAUGAGAAGGAGUCGCUGGAGCCGCCUGCCAAGCAGCCCAGGACAAGCUUAAAUCUGCUAACAGAGGCACACAGCACACCGCCAUAGUCGCACCUUUAAUACUGUAAUUAACACAAACACACACACCACGCACAUUCACCUUAAGCUUUAAUUUUAACAUCAUGUCAUCCCAUUGCGUGUCACCUCGGUAUGCGUGGUGCUUGGUGUAGUUUUUUACAGUAUAUGUGAACAUGGGAGAGCAGCAGAGGGCUACAUCAAGUCCUUUUUGCCAAUUUUAAUUUUGUACUUUGUGCUGCCAUUCUUUUCCUCUAUGCCUUCCAUCUGCCCAUUUAUAAUCCCUCUGUUCCCUGUGCCUUCCCUGUGUCUUUAGCAGCUGUUGAGCUUUCAAGAGCCGCCUCUGUCCAGCCUAUACGAAGUAUAAAUAUAUAUUCUUGAUUCCCUCCUGGCCCGCCUUAACCACUGACCUGAUUGCUGUGGUAAAAUGAAAAGACGUCAUUGUUCUUUAUUUUACUCUUGCUCUACAUUACCUUCAAAGCAAUGACUAUGCAGGGGAGCUGGACUUGAAUUAACAGUAUUGUCUGAAAUACACAUUUAUAAAGUCUCAAGAGUAGCAUCUGUAUGGAUUCUGUUGGCACAUGGAUGUCUAUCAAGUGCUUAUUUGUGUCAUAUUUCCAUAUUUUCCUCUUUUUAAUGUCAGUCUUCUUAAUUUGGGCAACUAAUCAUACCCUGUGCCUUGAGAGAUUUCUAGAUGGAGAAAAAAAAGCUUGUAUUCUAUAUAUUCUGUAUCGUGGAAUAAUAAAUGAAGGUCCUGUGAAUAGUCUUGGUGUUGUGAAGUUAAAUAAUUGUAAAAAAAAAAAUAUAUAUAUAUAUAUCUCAGAUGGUGACAGCCUAACCCAGUCUGCUAUUUUUACAUCCAUCCAUUCUUUCUUUCAUCAAAGUGCCACUAUUCAUCUUGAUUUUACAAACACCAUCCAGAUAAUUGCUUAAGUGCUGCCUUACUGCACAGACUUUCAUAGAUGGAACUUGGAAUAGGCCACAGGGCAAGGACGAAGCUUAUCCCACCCAGCUUUUACAACCCUGUAUCCAUGGCAACCAGUGUACCACGGCCAGCUAUCUAAAGUUUUUGUUGUGUAAAGGCAGAUGUUUAUUUUCUGGGUAUCUAAACAGCAGCUCUGUGUCUACAUAUUGUAGAUAGCCUAGUAUUAUGUACCUUAGUGAACACUGUUAUAUAUCAAGUAUUUGUGUGGUUUAACCAUUAUUGCCUUAAAAAAACAUAUGUUGUGGUUUGUCCACCACCAGAGUACUGAGCUAGAGUAUAUUUUUAUUGUGAUAAUGGACCAAGCAUGUGAACAUGGUGUCUUUAUAGGUGGACUGUACUUCAGGCCUCUGGAGUCUUUCCAAAGAGCACAUGCUCAACCAGCAGCUUCACACAUGGCAUGAGCAGAUAUUGAUUUUAGUGUCUUUGGUGAUUUUAAGUGUUGGGCUAUUCAGAUAUGACGAAAUACAAGUUGUAGUACUGCUGAGGUGUCUUAUAAUGCAAUUUCAAGAUUGUACCAAAUGAGCAAUGAGUUUACAAGAGCCCUACAAGAAAAAACCAUAACAUCCUGUGCACUUUUAAUACCCCUCGGCCAACAUAUAGUGUAAGAUUCUGUUGAAAGUUACUGCCCUAUAAUUUAUAUUAGAUUGUCUUUGUGUAAAACUUAUUACAUACAUAUUUAUAUUUGAAAGUACUCAGAUAUUUUAACUGCAAAAGGCACAAGGCCAUUGGACCUUGAAAAAGUAGGUCAAGGUGAUGUAUUUACAAUAGGCUUCUGCUGUAUGCCAAGAUGCAUCCACAGUAUAAUUUUGGUGCAGAUAUCUCAAUGCAUUCUUCAGAUAAUGCGAUUACGUCAUUGAAUGGACAGACGACAAAACGAUUGCAAUACCCCUUUGGCCAGAAAUGGCCAUGGGGUAAAAACUGGUGUUUGCAUGUAGUCAUUUAGUGAGGGUGGAAAAAAAAAAUCCCUGACUGGACAAAGUG